AUGGCAAGAAAAAGAAUAAUCAAAAACAGAAAUAGGUCAAGCAAUCAGAUUCCGAAACUUUUGAUGAUAUCACUGGCAUUUAAUGAUCUCAUUUACCGCCUUUUUAUCUCGCCGUUGGGCGUUUCAGAUAACAUGGAAAACGGAGUGUGGGAUUACGGGUGGGACGCUUGCUACGCGAGAAUCUUUUUCAUAUAUUAUCAGUUCUGCGUUUCUAUAUGCCAUAUAAAUUCAAUGGCUAUUGACAGAUACAUCGCUGUGUGCAAACCGUUGUUAUAUCGACUUCUGACCAACAAGUCUGGUUAUCUGCUCAUCGGCUGUUCUUGGGGGUUCCCCGCUUUCAUGCAGUUGGUGCCCCAUGUUCUGGACUGGGCUCACGUUGAAGGCACUAAAAUAUUCAAAUGCAACGGUAAAGAAUGCGCCGAGAUCUACAGCACGACAUCGUUCAUUGUUUUAAUUGUCCUUGGGUUCUGCAUUCCAUUCUUCACCCCGUAUUGUUUCUACGUGUUCAUCUUGAAGGAGGUGAUCAUGUUCAACAGAAGGCGACCCGACUUUCGUGGUAAGAAUCUACAAGAAAUUGUCAAGCCCGUGACGCGAUCUGUAGAGGAAGUCCACUGUGGACACAUCAUAAUGGAAAGUGAAAUAAACGACAAAAGCAGGACGGGCCUGGAUGAAAUGUUUAGACCCUCGAUGAAUGUAGAUCUUGCUGUUAUAGAUAAAAUUGAUGAAACAAAAUCAGCUAAUCACUGCAAUAACAAUGACGUCCCUCCACCUAUGAUGAAAUCAACCUCAACGAAGUGGGGAACCGACAAAAUCUUAAACCUAAACUACAAGAAUUCAGCCCUUCGAAGUGAGGAAACUAAUGAUGCGUCUAUCCAAUCAAGGGAAACUAAUCCAACUAACCGGAACAUGAAGGCUUACCGCACGGUCGGGGCCAUCAUCCUUUGUUUCUCCCUGUGCUGGUGUCCGGUGUGGAUCAUCCUCAGCCAAUUCUUCAACGCCCGUGACCCGAUCCCACCCUGGUUUAACGUGCUCACCAACGCGCUAUCCAACAUGAACCCGGCCCUGAACCCGCUGCUCUACUGUCUCAACCGGCCUGUAAGACAAGCCAUCAAGUCAAUUUUAUGUAGAUCUAAAUGCAAAAUACUUUAA